GAGCCGCGGCGCGUUGGCGCCUUUUGACCUCAGAGCGGGAAAAUACUCAACAAAAUGUCGGCGUCAGUGACCGUCCUCCUCCUCCGCGGUGCGUCACUCCCGCCAGACUCCGCUCACAAACCCGCUAAUUUAACGUCAGGAUGCGGGACGCGCGAGUCGUUAAAAAGACGGUUUCCACCGUGAAUUACUCAGAUUUUUUUAUUCGCUUCAUGUUGUUUUAUGUCUCGCCGACGUGCCCGGACGUGAUUACACCGAAUCUCCGGUUUAAAGCGGCUCUGCUCCGCCGAGGAUGAAGAAGUAGUCCCCGCUGCUGCCACAGACAGAGCUGCUGACAAAGUUAAAGUUUUAGCGGAACAUGUGUUUUUUUAGUGUCGUGGACGUGUGCCGAAUUUAACAGAGGGGUAUACAGAUGUGGAAACUGUUUGAAUUAAUAUGAUAUUCAUUAUAUAUAUUUGUUAAUAAGCGAGAACUUUUUAAAUGAGUAUGAUUUUAAACGGAGUUCGGAGGAUGGCGACCUGCGCAUCACUUGGACACACAGACGAGCUGUAAACGUGUUUUCAGACGGAGCGACCAUGUGGGAGAAAACGCUGCUGCUGCUCCACAGUGUCCAAGCUGUAAUGGCGUCUCAGUGCUGGCAGGGGGCGACGUUCUCCGAGGCAGUGGUGUCUCCGGCGGUGGAGAGCAGCGGUAUCUUGCGGGUACCCGGCGUGGCGUCUCUGCCGCAGUGCGUGGCGGCAUGCUGCGACUUGCCGGGUUACGACCUGGCCUGGCUGUUUGAGGGUCGCUGCUACAUCCUGAACUGCCAGCAGAGGGAGAACUGCCAGCCCCGAGAGAGACCCGGGGCCGACUCGGUCCUCGCCUUCCUGCGCAGAGCGUCACCGCAGACGCUGGUGCUGCAGUCUUUGGUGAGAGGAGAGCCGUACGGCGGCCGCUGGAGACCCCUGUCCCGGUCCUCUGAGGCCCCCGGAGACCUGGAGGCCCUGAAGGACCUUGCCCUGUUCGACGGGCCCCGGCAGGACUUCUCCGAUCCCGGCAUGCUGGAUGUGGAAUAUUCUGAGGGAAGCCAGGAGGAGAAGGGAGGGCCCGGCUCGGAGCUGGAGAUGACGACAGAUCGGCCGUCCUUGAAAGGAGGAGACGGCUUCAACCAAUCAGAAGCAGAGGGCGGUCCAGAGAGGACGCUGACAGGAAGCAGCGUGGCCCAGAAUAGAGCCACCUCUGGGGGGAACAUCAGUCAGGAAGACGAGGACGAAACCAGGAGACCAACUGAUCCUGCUGCAGCCGAGAAGACAACCAGAACAGGAAGUAGCACUGACUCAUCAUCACUGACACUCCAGAAACCAACAACUGACUCCGCCCAACACGACCACAGAUGGACUUCACUUCCCACUCGUGCCUCAACCCGUCGGCCAAUCAGCACGUCCAUACAGACAGAUCGACCCCUGGUGGCGUCUCUCGGAGACCCUGUAGAACAGACGCCAACCACAGUGAGAGAUGAAGCUGCAGAGUCUGAAACCACAACUGUCUUGUUGAAGAUGUUCCAGUCAGCAGCCGGAGCUCCACCGACCAACACCGACCCUCCAACCAGAGACCCGACGGCUGACCCCCUCACCUCCACCUCCACCUCCUCUGUCAGCACCAGCCCUCCGACCACGCCCUCUGCUCCGCCCUCUGCUCCGCCCUCUGCUCCGCCCUCUGCAGCUCCUGUAUCAGAGGACAGGGGGUCAAACCGUGGCCCAGUGGCCGUCGUGGGUCCUGACAGGAAGUUGUUUCUCCCGGUGAGCAGCUUGUUGCUCGACGGCGGCGGAAGCACCGAUGACCGUGGCAUCGUCAGCUACCACUGGGACGCCAUCAGCGGUCCUCCGGGACUAAAGCUGGAGGGAGCAGACCAGGCGGUAGCCACGGCGACAGGCCUUCGAGUGGGACGCUACACCUUCAGACUGACCGUCUCUGACCAGGAGGGGGCGUCGGACAGCGCGUCGCUGACUGCCAGGGUCCAGGAAGCCAGAAGUCUUCCUCCCGUCGCUCACGCCAGCGGCAGCCACACUCUCACUCUGCCCAACAACUCGCUGGUGCUGCGAGGCUCUGUGACCGACGGAGACCAGACAGAGGUCCACUACGCAUGGGUCAGAGACAGCCAGAGUCCUGCUGCUGGGGAAGUGCUGUACGGCUCGGACACUCAGGCGUCUCUGUACCUGUCCAACCUGGUCGAGGGGACCUACCUGUUCCAGCUGAGGGUGACCGACGCUCAGGGGCGGUCCAGUGCUGCCAUGGCAACCGUGGAGGUCCGACCAGAGCCUGGUGGUGGGGAGGAGGUGGAGCUGGAGAUGUUGGUGUCGGUGUCUCAGGUCAGCGUGGCUCAGAGGGACACGGUGGUCCGACAGCUUGCCGCUCUGUUCCACGUCCUCGACAGCGACAUCCAGGUCCGAGCGCUGCAGGGACACUCACACCUCAGCACGGUGCUGAGGUUCUCCGUGCAGGGCCCCUCGGGGCCGGUCUCCGGCUCCAGGCUGGUCGGUCUGCUGAGAAACCAGCUGCUCAGAGAGAAGAGUGACUACCUGCUGUUCAGAGUCCUGAGGGUCGACACCGUCCUGUGUCUGCUUCGCUGUUCUGGGCGUGGCCAGUGUGAUCCAAUCACCAAGGAGUGCACAUGUGACCCCUUCUGGACGGAGAACCUGAUUCGACGUUACCUCGGCGACGGAGAGAGCAACUGUGAGUGGAGGGUGCUGUACGUCAUCCUGACCAGCUUCAUGCUCAUGGUCUUCAUCCUGUCCGUCAGCUGGACCUUCAUCUGCUGCUGCAAGAGGAGGAGACAGACCAAGAUGAGGAAGAAAACCAAGUACACCAUCCUGGACAACAUGGACGAGCAGGAGAGGGUGGAGCUCAGGCCCAAAUUCAGCAUCAAACAUCGCAGCACCGAGCACAACUCCAGCCUCAUGAUGUCGGAGUCAGAGCUGGACAGCGACCAGGACACCAUCUUUAGUCGGGACCGACCCGUCCGCAGCAGGAACCGGCUCAGCGCCCAGGCCGCCCGCAACGGCAACGCCUUCGGCUGACGGGACGUUUGCAUUGUGCCACAAGAGACUUCUUAAAGUUUGAAGGACUCCAUUACCCAGAAAUCCUGAGCCGUGAGGCCUGUAGAAUGAACUCGUGCAGGUAAAGGCUGUGACACAUUUCUAAUCGGACAACUCUGCAAAAACUUUUGGGAAGAAUCCGACAGCCCGAUGAGAAGAUGGACGGCUUCAUCUCUGUGUGAUGGGGCCAGGAUGGGGUUAGCCUAGCUUAGCACAAAGACUGGAAGCAGGGGGAAACUGCUAGCCUAGCUCCAACAAAAGCUCGUGUAGUACCUUCUUAGCCAACAAGCGAAUCGCAAACCCGAGCUAACGCUAAGCUACCUGGACUCAGAUGCUAAUUUAAUUUAUUUAUUUAACUGUCAGCAUAGGACAAAACGAUCCGACAUUUAACUUCUGCUGGAACGUGUUUGAAAAGACAAAAAAAUAAACUCUCCAUCGUCUGAAGGAAGUCACGUGGUGUCCAGUCAGUAACGAGCAGAUGAUGUCGUGUGAGCUCGUUAAUAUUAAAAAAAAA